AUGUUUCUUCUGCUGCUGUUGGGGCUGAUGCUGUUUAACGCCCCAGCACUUCCGUCCCCUGAUCCGGUCUCCCUGCGCCUCUCCCUGUCUGAGAUGGCGUCGGCCAAUGCCACCUACGGUCAAAAAGAGUCCUCGGACCAGAACUUUGACUACAUGUUUAAGAUCCUGAUCAUCGGCAACAGCAGCGUGGGGAAGACCUCCUUCUUGUUCCGGUACGCGGACGACUCCUUCACUCCGGCCUUCGUCUCCACCGUCGGCAUCGACUUUAAGGUCAAAACCAUCUAUCGCAACGACAAGAGGAUCAAGCUGCAGAUCUGGGACACGGCAGGACAGGAGCGUUACAGGACCAUCACCACAGCGUACUACAGAGGAGCUAUGGGCUUCAUCCUCAUGUACGACAUCACCAACGAGGACUCCUUCACCGCCGUCCAGGACUGGUCGACUCAGAUAAAGACUUAUUCUUGGGACAAUGCUCAGGUUUUGUUGGUUGGAAACAAGUGUGACAUGGAAGAGGAGCGCGUGGUGGCAGCGGAGAGAGGACGGCAGCUCUCAGACCAGCUGGGUUUCGAGUAUUUCGAGGCCAGUGCGAAGGACAACAUCAACGUGAAGCAGGCGUUUGAGCGUCUGGUCGACAUCAUCUGUGAGAGAAUGUCCGAGAACCUGGACAACAACGACCCCACGGUGACGGGGGCCAAGCAGGGGCCCCAGCUCAGCGAGCAGCCGCAGAGGUCCAGCCAGGACUGUGCCUGUUAG